UUUUUCAUUGUCACCGCUUUUUAAAUUUUCCAUUUUUCUUUAAAUUUCCUUCCUUCCAUCAAUUUUGUUUCCUUACUUGCGCACUUUACUUUUGUCUAUUUUCUCCUCAAUCCCUCAUUUUUACUUUUAUAAAAUAUAUUGGACAGCUAAUUGUAUUGUCCUUCCGCCCUUCUAUGUAUGUAUUUGCUUUUGCAUGGUCAACGGUCCUUUUAAAGGGGGAGAAAGGACAUGUGUUUGUUUGUGGCACUAUUUACUCUUGAGAAUACUUUUAAAAAUAAUUUUGUUAUAUUUUUGUUUGGUCAAUGCCAUUUUAAUUUAAAAUAUAUUAAUUUAAUUUUGUAAUUACUAGUUAUUUAAAUAAUUAUUUUUUUCAGAAAUUUAUUUUAAAAAAACUUUCAUUCCAAAAAAAUAUUUUUCCCUUAUUUGAUCUCUCCCCCUUCUCUACCUUCACUUCAUCUCAACGGGUAUUUAAAAAACCAAACAACUACUUUUAUUUUUCAAAUAAUGCAACAACAAAAAUUAAAAUUAAUUAUUUUCUAUUAAAAAAUGAUUAAAAUUUUAUUUAAUUUUUUAUUUUUAAUAUUUAUUUUGGAAUUAUUUAUUAAUUAUUUAAUUUUUGGAGUAAAUGCAAAUAAACACAGACAUCAUAAAAUUCGCCAUAGUAGAAGUCCUUCCCCCACAUUUUCUCAUUUACUUUCAUCAUCUACACCAACAGAUUUUCAAUUUACAGCUCCAUUUUAUAAUUUAAGUAUUUUUGAAAAUUCUGUCGGUCAAAGGGCGAAUAUAGCUUUAAAUCCAUCAAAUGCCCAAAUGGUUGGGUGUUGGUUACCCAAAGGGUAUAACCAAAUACAAUUUAGAAUUACUCAAGGAGAUGAACAAAAUCGUUUUGGUGUUAAAAGUCAAAGAUUGGGAAAUUUUGCAUUUUUGUUGUUAGAAUAUAAAGAUCAAAUGGACGUUUUAAAUAGAGAAUUACAACCAGAAUUUAAUUUAAUUAUAUUAGCUACAACAAAAAGGAGAAGGGGAUUAGCAUUAGAAUCUAUAGCUAAAAUAAAUAUUCGUGUAUUGGAUGAAAAUGAUAAUCCUCCAAUGUUUAAAGAAUUAAAUUAUUUUUUAAAUUUAAAUAUUUUACCUUUACCUUUAAACUCUAAAAUAAUUAAAUUGGAGGCAUUUGAUGCUGAUGAGGGAUUAAAUGGAGAACUUUUAUAUUCUUUAAUUAAACCUUCUAAAUAUUUUUAUAUUGAACAAACAACUGGUUGGUUACGUACAUUUGCCUCCCUAGAUUCUCUUAAAUUACCAACAAAUAUAACUUUGGAAGUUAAAAUAGAAGAUAGAGCAUCUAGAUUACAAAAUUCAAAUAAAGAAUUAAAUUCUUUUUCCUCUCCAAAUUUAUUUAAUAUUAGAAAUAAAGCUUUUGUUGAAAUACAAAUUUUGGAUGGAAAUGAAAUGUUAAAACAACCAAAGAUAAUUUUUCGACAAAUUCACUUUCAACCAAUUUUGGAGCAUCCAGUUCCCGUUGCUUUAAUUGAAUUAUUUGAUAAAGACUUGCAAAACAAAGAAAAUAUAAAUAUUCAAUUAUCUCGAUUAAAUACACAAUUUAUUUGGAAUUGUGCUUGGAUUGAAAGAAUUAAUUUAAUACAAUUUGCUUUAAAUAUUUGCCCUCAAUUUCCCCGUGACAUUUUGGGAUUAGAAGAGACUUUAACUGUUAGAAUUAGUGUUAGCCGGCAAAUAGAUUUACUAAAUGGUAAAAGUAUUACUUUUGGUGAUCAAGAAUUUCAAAUAAAAAUAGACCCUUCAAUUGGUAGAAAAAUAACAUUAAAUGCUGGAAAAUAUGUUGGAGAUAAUUUAAUAAUUAAUUUAAAUGAGUCAAUGCCUGUUGGGAGUGUUUUGUGGCAAUUUCAGGCAGAAAUAAAUAAUUUAUCGAAUAAUUAUUUGGUUGAUAAAGGGAAAAUUAGAUUUAAACUUUUACGUCACCAACAACAACAAAAAUUCCCCUUUGAUUUAGACCAAUUAACCGGCCAAUUAAAAUUAAUUUCUUCUCUUGAUUAUGAAAAUCCUCUUCAUCAAAAACAAUUUAAUUUUUCUAUUGUCGCCCAAUUAGAAUUGGGAAAUUCAAAAAAAUCUUUAAAACUUCAAUCAACGCCUUUGGAAAUUAAAAUUAAUUUAUUAGAUUUUAAUGAUAAUUGCCCCGAAUUUUUAGAGAUUCCUCUAAAUAAUUUAAUUAUUAUUGAAGAAAAACAUUUAAGACCUUUAACUUCAAGUGAUAAUAUUAUUUGGAAAGCUAAAGCAAGAGAUCUUGAUGAAGGAAAAAAUUCCGAAAUAAUUUACAAAAUAAUUGGUGAUAAUUGGCAAUUAUUUGAUUUGCAUCCAUUUAUUGGAGAACUUCGAUUAAUUAAAGAAUGGCCUAAUAGUCAACAACAAAUUAAUAUAAAAAUAUUAGCAAUGGAUAGGGGAUGGCCUUUCUCACAUCAAACACAAUUACCUUUAAUUAUUAAAAAGGAUGAUGGAAAAGAAAUUUCUGUCAGUCCAGAAAUUAUUCAAAAUACUUGCCAAAUGCCUAAUAAAUUUGCACCUGAAUUUUUAAUUAAAGAAAAUGAAAUAAUUGGAGAAAUAGAAGAAAAUGCUGAACAAAAUACUACAAUUGGUUAUAUUAAAGCAAAAGAUGAAGAUUUUGGAAUUAAUGGUUAUAUCCAAUAUUUUUUAAUUUCUUCAACAAAUAAUUCAAAAAUAAAUUCCUUUAUUGGAAUUGAACCAAAUAAUGGAAGAAUAUUUCUUUUAUUUUCUUUAAAUGGAAAAUUGGGGGGAAAUGAAGGAAAUAAUUUUGAUUUCCCCAUUCAAAUAUUGGCUAUAGAUAUGGCUGUAAAUAAAGAAAAACAAAGAGGAACUAAAAAAGAAUUUAAAAUUAGAGUAAAACCUGGAAGAAGAAAUGAACAUUCACCUUUAUUCGAGCAUUAUUCAUAUCGAAUAGCAAUUCGAGAAGAAAAUGCCCCCGGAACAGAAUUACUUCAAUUAAAGGCAUUUGAUCCUGAUUUGGGUGAUAAUGGAAGGAUUGAAUAUAAAUUAAUUGAAAAUAAUGAAAUAAAUAAAUUAAUUUCUGUUAAUUCCCAAAAUGGUUUAAUUAAAGCAAUUAAAUCUUUGGACAGAGAAGUUUUGGGAGAUUUAAUUACUUUUAAUGGUAUUUCUCUAGAUAAUAAUUUAAAUAAUUUCUUUAAAGUUUUGGCUUCUGAUUUUGGAAUUCCUCAACGUCAAACAUUAACAAAUAUAACUUUAAUACUUGAUGAUAUUAAUGAUCAACAUCCAGAAUGUUCGAGAGAAAUUGAACAAUUUUAUAUUUUGGAAGAUUCUCCGAAUGGGCAAUUGGUUGGGUGUAUUGGUGCUUUUGAUAAAGAUUUACAAAAAAAUAGUGAAAUAAUUUAUAUUUUAAUGAGUGAUAAAAAUAAAAAUAAAAAUAAAAUUCUUCCUUUCCGUUUGGAUGAAGAUAGUGGAUGUUUAUUUGUAGAUUUGGAACAACAACAAACUUUAAAUUUUGAAAAACAAAAAGAAUAUCAAUUUAAUAUUAAAUUAAAAGACAAAGGAACACCAACAUUAGAAUCUUUAAUUAAUUGUUUAGUUAAAAUUAAUUUAAUUAAAGUUUUUGACAAUUCAAAAUUAAAUAAACCAAAAUUCUCAGAAAUUGCUUUAGAAGCAAAUAUUGAAGAAAAUUCUCCAAUCGGGACAGAAAUUUUACGUUUAAAUGCUGAAAUUGAAGAAGAAAAAGAAGGAAUAAUUAAAGGGAAGAGAAAAAGAAGGCAACAUAAAAUAAAAAAAGAAAUUAAUUAUAAAUUGGUUGGGGGAAAUGGUUUUGGAUUUUUUGAAAUUAAUUCGAAAAAUGGAAGUUUAAAAACAUUAAAAGGUUAUUUAGAGGAAAGAAAAAAUAAUAAUUUUUUUUUGGAAAAUUUAGAAUUGGAUUUUGAAGACAGACAACAAUUUUGGUUAACAAUUAGAGCAGAAUAUUUAAACAAUUUAAAACAACAACAAACACAUCAACACAUUUUAAUUAAAAUUUUAAAUCAAAAUGACCGUUUACCUUUAUUUUCUAUGCCUUUAUAUAAAGCAAUUAUUAAUGAAAAUUGUGAAGAAAAUAAAGUUGUUUUAAAGGUAGAGGCAACAGAUGCAGAUGAACAAUCAAUUAAUAAAUUAGAAAAGAUAAUUAAAUAUUCAAUUAUAAAUGAACAACAAAAUUUUGUUAUUGAUGAAAAUACUGGUCAUAUAUUAACUGGAAAAAAUAAAUUAGAUAGGGAAAUUCAAUCAGAAUAUUUAUUAACAAUUCGUGCUUGUGACUUAGGUUUAUUAUGUUCAACUUCAAUUGUCCAAAUAAAUUUGGAAGACGAAAAUGAUAAUUUUCCAAUUUUUGAUUUAAAAUAUUUAUCUUCAUUAACGGCCCCAGCAAAUACUUUGGGAUUUUUAGGAAGAGUUUAUGCAAUAGAUAAAGAUUUUGGAAUUAAUUCGAAAAUUAAAUAUUGGAUUGAACCAAAAAAUGAAAAAAUUGAAAUUGAUGUAAAUGGACGAAUUUUUGCUAAAAUACCUUUAAAAGCUGGAACUUUGGUUGAAUUUGUUGUUUUUGCUGAAGAUGGGGGAAAUCCAAAAUUAAAGGGAAAUGCGAGUGUUAAAAUGCCUGUUUUGGAAAGAGCAAGUCGUUUAAGUGCCUCUAAUCGAGCCCCUUUCCUUACAAAUCCAGAAAAAUGGCGUGAAAUUAUUUUGACAGGCUUUGAAUCUUUGGGUUCUGUUAUUGGAACUAUUAAAGCAAAAGACGAAGAUGAUGACCCUCUUUGGUGGUCAAUUGAAGAUGAGAAUGGAGAAGAAGAUUCUCUCGCUCAAAAAUUUUUUGCUUUAAGAAAUGUUAAAGAAGGAGCUGAAUUAAUUUUAAUUGAAAAUAUUCAAGAAUUAAAUAAUAUACAAGAAAUUAUUGUUAAAUUUUCUUUAAGUGAUGGGGUGGAUACAAUACACGAUAAAUUAAUAAUUCGAUUAGAAUAUUCAAAAGAAAAUAUAAAAUUUUUUGAAGAAGAAAUUAAUUUACAAAUAUUUAAUGAAAUGCCUAUUGGAUAUAUUUUAUAUAAACCCCAAUUAAUUAAUAACAAUAAAAUUUCAACAAAAUAUUUAAUUCAUUACUUUUUACAUUUAAUUGAUGAUAUUAAUGGUUUUGAUGUAUUUCGUGUUGAUCCAAUAAAUGGAAAUGUUAUUUUAGCUAAACAAUUACCUCAACGUUUAGCUUCUCCCUUUACUUUAAUUAUUGGAGCUACAAUUUAUUCACAACAUCAAAAAUACAAUAUUAGCGGCUUUUCUACUCUCCGAAUAAAUAGGGGAGAGGAAAAUGAAAAUUCUCCAAUGUUUAUUGAAUGUUAUGGUAAAGAAGAGGGUUAUUUGGAAAUUUUACUUGAAGGCGAUGGAAAUCCUGGAGAUUUAAUAUAUACUUUUGAAGCUGUUGAUCCAGAUAGAGGAAAUUCUGGGAAAGUAAAAUAUUCAUUAAUUUAUGAACAGAAAAAGUAUCAGAAGCUCAUUUCUUUGGAUGAGACAACAGGGGAAUUGAGGUUAUUAAAAGGAUGGCCUAAAAAAUUGGAAGAAGUUAAUUUAUUAAUUCGAGCUACUGAUUCCGGAAAUUUUCCUCGUUCAAGUGAUUGUCAUUUAAAUUUAUUAGCACCAAAAUCUUUAAUUAUUUCCAAUCAAUUUCAACCAAAAUAUUUAAAUUAUUCAAUUAAUAAUUUUAAAAAAUAUUUUGGAAAAUUAAAUUCUUUAAUUUAUUCUCCAAAAAUUUUAAAUUAUUUAAAUAUUGAAGAAAAUGAGGAAAUUAAAAAUAAAAAAGAAAAUAAUUAUUUAAUUGAUACUUCUAAUUAUUAUUAUAAAAUAGAAGAAAAAGGAGAAUGUCAACAAUUAUUGUCAAUACAUUUUUCUAAUGGAAAAUUAGUAUUUAAUGGUGCCUAUACAGGUUUAAAUGAAUUAAAUUGUUCGAUAUAUUUAAAUUCGAGAGAAAAUGACAAAAAUAAUAUUUUAAUUUAUAAUAUUUUUGUUAAUUUAAAUUCAACAUUUUCAUUUCCUUUUAUUUCAACAUUUAAUGAAACUUUUGACAAUAAUAAUUUAAAUUCUUUAUUAUUAAAUGAAGAAAUAUCUACAUCAACAACACUUUCAACACUUUCAAUAAAUAAUGAAAAAGAAAUUCAAUUUUUACCUUCUUCUGAAAUUUAUUUCGAACAAUUUUUGUUAGAGAAUAAUUUAGAAUCUUCCUCAAUUUUUAGUUUUCCUCAACAAAUAUAUAAUUUAAAUAUUCCUGAAGGACGUCCUUUAAUUAAUCAAACAAUUCUACUUUCACUUUGGCCUUUACAGAAUAAUUUAUUUGGAAAUAAAUUGAAAUUUAAAUUAAUUUUUAAUAAAUUCGAAGAAAUUAUUUUGGAACGUUUUUUUAAAUUAGACAAAGAUUUUGGGAUUUUGUGGUUAAUAGAUGAUGGAAAUCCUAUGCCAAAAAUUUUAUUUGACAGAGAAGAACAGCCACAAAUAUUAAUGGCCAUUAAAGUUUUUGAUGAAGUUAAAAAUCUGUCAGCUUUAUGUUUGGUAAAAAUUAAUUUAGAGGAUAUUAAUGAUAAUCCGCCUAUAUUUUCUGAACAAAAAUAUUUAAUUAAUGUUUUUGAAGAUGCCCAAAUAGGCGAUCAAAUUCUUCAGCUUAAUGCAAAGGAUGCUGAUUCUGGAAUUAAUGGAAUGGUUAAUUAUGAAUUGGAAGAUGAGGCUUCAAUCCCUUCAUUUAUUCAAUUAAAUAAAUCUGACGGCCGUCUAUUAAUUUCUUCAUCAAUUUCUCGAAAAGAAAAACAACAAAAAAUAUUUAAUUUUAAUGUUUUUGCUAUUGAUAAAGGAAUACCUUCACUUUCAAGUCUUCCAAUACAAAUAAAUUUAAAAAUUGUUGAUGCCCAAAUACCAAUAUUUUCAGCAAAAAUAUAUCGAGUAGAAAUGGCAGAAAUGACUGAAAAGAAAAUUUAUCCUUCUCCUUUACUUCAAUUAAAAGCAGAAAUUCCAAACAAAAAUUUAUCAAAAAUUUGUUAUAAAAUUAAAAAUGCAAAAAUAAGUAAUGGAUUAUUAAAUAAUGAAGAAGAUGGAGGGGAAGAAGAGGAGGAAUAUUUAAAAUUAUUUAAUUUGGAUUUAGAUUCUGGACUUUUAUUUAUUUUAAAUUCAUUACCAACUUCAAACAAUUCAAAACAAUUAUUUAUUAAUUUAACUGUUGAAGCUUUUGUUGAAACUUCUAAAAAUUCAGGAAUUGCUAAUGUACUUGUUAGACUUCCACAAAAAUUAAUUCCAACAAUUUCUUUUAAAUAUCCAAUAUUUAAAUGGAAUAUUUUUGAAAAUUCUUCUGUUGGAACAUUUAUUGGAAAAUUGGAAUUAUUAAAUAAUAAUAAUCCUUCUUUGCCAGUUAAUUAUUCUUUAUUAAUAAAUAAAAAUCAAAGAAAAAUUCCUUCAAUUAUUUCAAUUCACCCUACAAAUGGGGAAGUUUAUUUGGCUAAUUUAAUUGAGGAAAAACAAAAAAUAUAUGAAUUUAAUGUUUUGGCUUUGAUUAAAUUAGAAAAUGGAAAUGUUGAAAGUUGUGAAGGAUUAAUUCAAAUUAAUGUUAUUUUUGGAGGGAAAGGAGGAGAAGAAGAAAAGUCAAAAGAAAAAGAUGAAAAAUUUUCUGUAGCUAAUCAGAACCAAUUUAAUUUAAAUUCCAAUCGAGAAUUAACUACUCCUAUACCACCAACAUUCAAACCAGAAGAAAGGAUUAUUAAAACAAAAGAAAAUUUUGUGGAAAAUAAUUUUUUGUUAAAUAAUUUUGUGAGAAGGCCUCCUCCUCCCCCUUCUAUUCAACAAAAUAUUUCAAAAAUUUUGAAAAAGGAAGAAACAAAUAUUAAAAAUGGACAAGUAUUAAAUGAAAUAUUAUUAAAUACAAAUAAUAAUAACAAUGAUUGGCUACAACAAUUUGUUGAUUCUAAUCGUUUAAUUCUUUUACUUCUUCCAACUUGUUUAUUGUCUUUAGCUUUAAUUUCUUUUUCUUUUUUUAUUUGUUGUCGGUAUUGUCAAAGAAAAAAUAAAAAUAAUUUAAAUAAUCGAAAACAACGAAAGUCAAUUAAAAAUAAAAGAAAUUUUGGUGGAGGAGGGACAACAACAUAUUCUGGUUCUUUUACUAGAGGAACUAUUGAAUUUCCAAGUCGGAGACAAACACCUGAUCCUGCUUGUAAUCCUUUAGUUCCUCGAAAAACAACUGCUAGCCAAGUAAUUGCCGACCAACAACCCCCACCUCCACGUCCACCUCGCUAUAGACGUGAUGCUCAUGGAACGGCUGCUCUUCCAACCGUGGAAGUUAAACCAAUGCAUAGAAUACAACAAAAUAAAGUUGAAAACUUUAUUCUUAAAAUUUUUUAA